AUGAUACAGAACCCCUCGGUGUUGAAGAUGAAAACCGACAAUGUUGGAACUCCUAAUAUGGCUCUAGAAAACCAAACCAUCAAACGACAGAAACUAGAUGGAGAAAGAUCUAGACAGGUGUUUUUAUGCUCUUCUCCUCAGCAUGUUUUAGGUUCUGUGAUUUAUAAAGCUGGUAAAUUUGUCUACUUCAACAAUCCUAUUUGGCCUGGCAGAAUGUAUAGGGACCUUGUUGGGAGUGAUUAUUACGCUGCACCAGAGGUGUUAAACCGGAGAUAUGGCAAGGAGAUAGAUGUGUGGAGCAUUGGUGUCAUUUUAUACGUUCUUCUUUGUGGAGUGACUCCAUCUCACAGAGAGACUGAGAAACAAAUCUUCAAAGCAGUUUUAGAACGUAAUUUUGACUUAAAAAGCCAAGCAUGGCCAUCUAUAUCUAAAGAUGCAAAGGUCCUCAUUAGGAAAAUGUUAGCCAGGGACCCUAAGCAACUGAAUAUAGAUGCUAAAUCUCUAGUCUUGUCAAUGAAGAGAAGUGAUGCAAUGGUAGUGGAGAGCAGGCGAUGGAGUUUGAAGAGGAAAGAUUAG